UCUGUGUGUUUGCUUGUGUCACUUGUUCGAGGGGAAUGUGAACUUAAAUCAUAUUAAAUUUGUCUUGGCAGUGCGCCAGACUUGGGUCUCAAUUAAACUCAACGAAAAAUAUAACGUUGGAAAACGAACAAAAUAUUCACAAAGAAGGAACACGCAGAUGGCAAUCGCGAUAACAUUGCGUUCAUUUUACAAAUGGCAGAAGGAGACGUCGGAUGUACAGAGUCAGAGUCUGGCUACAGCAGCCUGUACAGUCGUCACUCUCGGAAUCAUCUUGAAAACGUGUCCAUGGAGAUCUGUACUAUAAUGACCCGGUUGGGUUACGGCGAGGAGGUCAGACGGUGGCGCGUUGAGAAGUGGAGGGAGUUUGACAGGCUGAUGAAUGCAUAUGACAGACUCGUGCAUGCUCGAUCUUUGAUUACAAAUAUAAACGCAACUAUCACAGCUGGGAGCAAGGCAGAAGGGCUGACCUGCAUUUAUGAAAACGACUGGGACGUAUUAUUGGUGCUAGGAGAUGUCCUCUGUGUGGAAGCUGAUAUCAAUCUGCUCACUAUUUCAGACAACAUAGAUGUGUAUAGGAUGGAUACGAUGGAUACACGUGUAUAUCCAGGGCACUGCAGACUGUUACAAGAGAGACCAGCUGCUCAUGCACGUCAUGGUAUAAUUACACAGGCUCUGUGUGAUAAUGGAUAUGGGGGCGUUCUAUUAAGUAGUAGAUUAUUGCUAGAUGAAUUUUCGGCACUUCAAUCAACACAUAAUGCAUAUGUGGAGCAUCAUGAACGAGCCGGGCCGUCGAUGCCUGAUACAAUACGAGGUUUCCUUCAUGUUGACAAAGUAAUCGCACUACGUUGUUACUGCCCCAGCAUCCUACAGAGAUGGGCUGACAGACGACGUAAUUGGCCAUCACCAACUAUAGUUCAGAAAGUAGUAUCAUUAGGAGCCUUGGUUACUCCUGUAGGGUUUAAGGGAAGCGAUUACAAGAACAUUGAGUGGAGGAUUUGUUUCAACACCGGCGAGGCAGAACUUAUUAACAACCUUAACGAAACACAAGCAAAACAACAUAAAUGGGUAGCAGAUAUCACGGACAUGCUAGAGGGAAUGCCCAAUGUAUUCUUGCGACUGGAGAAGAUAAGAAAGGCGAUUGUCGCCUCCCCAGAGCCGAUGAUGUGGUUCAGCAAGACAAGGAUGGAGCUAGAGAUGCUGCAGCUGGAGCACACGAACCGAGCCUUGGAAAUUAUAGUGACGAAUGGGGAGGUGGAUGACUCGGAUUCCAUCCUGGAGCAGAUAGGCAGCCGCAUGCGCGAUCUAUCUAUACAGGUUGCGCAACGAAUGUUCUUGAAAGUCAGUCCUGCUAAUCAACUGGAUGAUAUUAUCAACAGAAUGCUUAUGUGA